AUGGAGGAACCACCAAACUUCUCUUACAAGAAGAAUAACCCUACUUUUUCCCAAAAUUCUACUCCUCAAAGACCAACAAAUUUCCAAGCCCAAAGAUCCUCACAACCGAUACAAACAACAUCUCAGAAGUCAAACCUUAUGAAGAUUAUGGAAGAUUUUAUCACGAGUCAAGCUCGACAGAAUAAAGAACUCAUGAAUCAGAACGUCCAUAUUAAUGAACUAAUUUCACAGUUAGGAAACAAGGUUGAUUAUGUGGUGACCAACAACAAGAUGCUUGAAACCCAAAUCUGUCAAAGCGGAACUCAAUACGAUGAGCCUAAAAUUCCAGAACCACCAAAAGAAAAGGUUGUGACUACUCCAGAAAAACAAAAAGAGGAUCCCGCAGAACCAGAAAAACAAAGAGAGAAGGAUAUUAAUGAUAAGGAGGCAAGGAAUGAUAACCAAGAAAAUCGAACAUAUGUACUGCUGCCACCUUACAUACCGUCGAUUCCAUAUUCGCAAAGGCUUAAACAGACUAAACAAGACACCCAAUACAAGAAGUUAGUGAAAGUAAUUGAGAAACUUCACGUCGAGAUACCUUUCACCGAAGCCAUUACCCAAAUACCCUCAUAUGCCAAAUUCCUGAAAGACAUCUUAACAAAUAAGCGCAAGCUCGGUGACCCCAAACCUUUAGAAUUCAAUGCAAUUGCUGAAAACAAAUUAGCCAAGAAACAAAAAGAUCCUGGAAGCUUUUCGAUACCAUGUGUUCUAGGAAAACAUGUCAUAGACAAGGCAUUAUUGGAUUUAGGAGCUAGCGUAAGUUUGAUGCCUUUAGUAGUUUGUGAAAGACUAGACCUAGGAGACAUGCAACCACCUAGGAUGUCCCUUCAAUUGACAGAUCGAUCAGUUAAGUACCCGAUAGGUAUAUUAGAAGAUAACCCAGUUAGAAUUGGACAACUCUACAUCCCUACUGACUUUGUCGUAAUGGAUAUUAAAGAAGAUAAAGAAAUCCCUAUCCUUCUAAGCAGACCAUUCUUAUCAAGUGCUGAAGCCAUGAUAGAUGUAAAAAGAGGUAAGAUGACUUUCGAAGUAGGUGACGAGAAGGUAGAGUUUAUCAUAUCCAAAUUUCCGAAAGCACCCACCAUGGAUGACUCUUGUUGUGAAAUUGAUAUCAUUGAUGAAUGCAUAACAGAAUUGGAUAAGGAAUAA